AUGGGUUGCCUUUUGUCGAAGGAAGACCGUGAGGCUCUAGAACAGAGCCGGAAUAUCGAUAAGAAGCUCAAGGAGGAUGGGAUACAAGCUGCUAAGGAUGUUAAAUUGCUCCUCUUGGGUGCGGGUGAGUCGGGGAAAAGCACGAUCGUCAAACAAAUGAGAAUUAUUCAUGAGGGUGGCUUCACACCGGAGGACAACAAGCAGUUUAAACCUGUGGUGUACAGCAACACUAUCCAAUCAAUUGCCGCCAUUCUGCGUGCCAUGAACACUCUGGGCAUUCCCUACGGUAAUUCUAGGCAAUGUACGGAGGACGCACGCGUUGUGAACGAGGUUAUCCAAUCAAUGCACGACACGGAGCCCUUCUCCGACGAGCUGUUGCAGGCCAUGAAACGUCUCUGGGCCGACCCCGGCGUCCAGCAGUGCUUUCAGCGCUCCAAUGAGUAUCAACUCAACGACUCGGCCAAGUAUUUCUUGGAGGACCUAGACCGUCUAGGCGCAAAGGACUAUCAGCCCUCUGAGCAGGAUAUCCUUCGUACACGAGUCAAGACCACCGGCAUCGUUGAGGUGCACUUCCAAUUUAAGAACAUGAACUUCAAACUCUUCGAUGUGGGCGGUCAGCGUUCGGAACGGAAAAAGUGGAUCCACUGUUUCGAGGACGUCACAGCAAUCAUCUUCUGUGUGGCCAUGAGUGAGUACGACCAGGUGUUGCACGAGGACGAGACCACGAACCGGAUGCAGGAGUCGUUGAAGCUCUUCGACUCCAUUUGCAACAACAAGUGGUUCACCGACACCAGUAUAAUCCUCUUCCUGAACAAGAAGGACCUAUUUGCGGAGAAGAUCAAACGCUCGCCUCUCACCGUCUGUUUUCCCGAGUAUCCUGGCAAACAGACGUACGAGGAGGCGGCAAUUUACAUUCAGGCUUCUUUCGAGGCAAAGAACCGGUCGCAAAACAAGGAGAUUUACUGCCACCAGACCUGCGCCACUGACACCAACAACAUUCAAUUCGUCUUUGACGCCGUCACCGACGUGAUCAUCGCCAACAACCUGAGGGGCUGUGGUCUCUACUAG